AUGAAGGAAGAGGAGAGGGUUGAUCAAGUGAUACAGACCUUUGUUGGAAGGACAGAAGAGCUCAAGAUGCUCCACCAGAUCCUAGAGAAGCCGAGUGGGCGCCGCACCGCUGUCGUACACGGCCUGGGCGGUAUGGGAAAGACCCAGCUGGCUGUUACAUGUUUGAAGACCUACCAGUCCGGAAACUCUGCAAUGGCUUGGUUGAACGCGAGAGAUGAGGAAACUUUGGGACGAAGCUUCGCACGCAUGGCUAAAUGGAUCAUGCGCCAGCACCCUCGGGCCACCUACGUCCGAUCGGCCGUUGAUGGACGAGACCUGAAUGACAUCACAGAAGCAGUGAAGCGAUGGGUCGAUGAGCCGAAAAAUGACGGCUGGCUCCUUGUCUACGACAACUAUGACGACCCCAAGUUGAACAGAACGCACUAG